AUGACAAAUAAUAACUCAGACACGAGUAGUAUCGAUUCCAAUAAAGUUACCCCCUACCAAGAAGAGACUGGUCAUCAUCAUGAACCACUUGCAAAGAAGAUAAGUCACAGUUUGGAACAUCUCCGUUCCCGCGACUCCCAAGAUGAAAAAGAAUUGGAAAGAUUAGUCACCAAUAAUCAGGGUGUGGAAAAAAUCAUUUCCGAGCUUCAUGAAGGUUAUGGUCGUUUGGGACCUUUGGAACCAGAAUUAGAUGUGAAAAGAGAAUUGACACAUCCAGAUCCACACUCAGAUUUCAAUGAAAAUGAUCCAUGGAAGUAUCCUCUUGAUUUAGAUACUGGUUUGAGAAUCGUUCAAUGGGUUGAUAAUGAUAAGCAAAAUCCCAAAACUUUUGGAAAAGGUAGAAAAUGGAUGUUUACUGGAUUGCUUGGUUCUAUUUGUUUUGUUGUUGCUCUUGGUUCCGCUAUUGUUACUGGUGAUUUGACGCGUCCAGCUGAAUAUUUUGGUGUUUCCGAAGAAGUUAUCAUUUUGGCAUCAGUAACCAUGUUUGUUUUAGGUUUCGGAUUUGGUCCUUUAGUGUUUGCUCCAAUGUCGGAAGAAGUGGGUAGAAAACCCAUUUAUGCGGUGACGCUUUUUGUUGCAUUGAUUUUCAUAGUGCCCUGCGGUGCAGCAAAGAAUAUUGGAACUUUGAUUGUUUGUCGUUUGAUUGAUGGUAUUGCUUUCAGUGCUCCCAUGACAUUGAUUGGGGGUUCAUUAGCUGAUAUUUGGGAAGGUCCAGAGAGAGGUGUUGCCAUGGCAAUCUUUUCAGCAGCUCCAUUCUUGGGUCCUGUUUGUGGUCCAAUUUUCGGUGGUUUGUUGGCUGAUCAUGCACCUACUUGGAGAUGGAUUUAUUGGACUUUUUUGAUUAUUGCUGGUGUUUUCUACGCCUUUUUCAUCGUUUUCGUUCCUGAAACUCAUCAUGGUAUCUUGUUGAAAAAGAGGGCAAAAAAGUUGAGAAAAGAUACUGGAGAUUCAAGGUACAGAAGUUUGAAUGAAAUUGAAAUCAGAACCUUUGCGGAAGUUGCAAAGACAUCACUUUUAAGACCAUUUAUCUUGUUAUCCGAAUUGAUUGUGUUUUUGGUCACAAUCUACAUGUCCGUUGUCUAUGGUUUGUUGUAUAUGUUUUUCUUUGCUUACCCAGUGAUCUACAUGGAAGGUAAAGGCUGGUCUGCUUCUAAAACCGGUAUCAUGUUCAUCCCUAUUGGUGUUGGUGUUAUCAUUGCUACUCUUGUCGCUCCAUUGUUCAACAAAGAUUACAACAGAAGAGCACAAGUUUACAGAGACAGAGGGGAAUUGCCACCUGCCGAACUUAGAUUGAUUCCAAUGAUGGUUUCUUGUUGGUUCGUGCCUGCUAGUCUUUUUGCAUUUGCUUGGUCAUCAUACAGCUGGUUAUCAUGGGCCGGACCAUGUUUUUCUGGUUUAGGUGCCGGUUUUGGCUUCUGUUGUUUGUACAAUCCAGCAAACAAUUACAUUGUUGACUCCUACCAACAUUAUGCAGCUAGUGCCUUGGCUGCAAAGACAUUUAUCAGAUCAGUUUGGGGUGCCGCUGUCCCAUUGUUUACUAUUCAAAUGUACCACAGGUUAGGAUAUGAAUGGGCCACAUCAUUAAUGGCAUUCAUCUCAUUGGCUUGUUGUGCAAUUCCAUACUUGUUUUACAUUUUCGGUGCAAGAAUCAGAUCAUAUUCUAAAUACGCUUAUUCCCCAAAUAUGGAUAAGAAGUAA